AUGUUUGGAUGCGAAAAGUGUGGGUUCGAGCCGGACGGGUGCGAGGCGUGUUUGGGCGGACCGCCGAUUCGGAGCGCGUGCGCGUGGGACGAAGCGCGCGCGAGGGACGUGCCGCCUGUGAAGACGUACAGACCGACGGAGCAGGAGUGGGCGGGCGAUCCUUUGGAGUACAUAAAUUCCAUUCGUCCAGAGGCGGAGAAAUAUGGGGUGUGUAACAUCAUUCCCCCGGCGAGUUGGCAGCCCGAGUUUUGCUUGCCUGGGAAGGAAAAGUUGCGGUUUCGGACGAGAAUACAGGCGUUGAACGAGUUGCAGAAUCGACCCGCGGGGCCGAGCGCGAGGGCGCGAGCGAAGAUGCUCGAAGAAGAGAAGAACGGGGUCAAAUCGACGAAGAAUCAGGGCGUGGCGUCGGGUGGACGCAUGAGCGGCGGACGCAUGGGCGCCUCGGCGCAAGCCGACGCGGACGCCGUAGCGGAAAAGUAUGGCUUCCAACAAGGACAACGACACAAUUUGGCGACUUUGGAGCGAUACUCGAAAUAUUUCAAGCGAAAAUACUUCAGCAAAAAUGGAAAACCGGUGGAGAACGUGACGGUGAAAGAUAUGGAAGGGGAAUUUUGGCGUCUCAUCGAGGACAACAAGGGGCGAAGCGUCGAGGUGAUUUACGGCGCCGACAUCGCCACCAUGGACGUCGGAAGUGGAUUCGCAAAGAAAGGUAGCGCGUCGUGUCCGCCUGGGCAAGAGCGUUACGCUGAAAGUCCGUGGAACGUGUGCAACAUGCCGUACAAUUCAGAAAGCUGUUUGAGUCACGUCGAGGCGACCACGGGCAUCACCGUGCCUUGGUUGUACUUUGGCAUGACGAUGUCCGCGUUUUGCUGGCACGUCGAAGAUCACAACUUUUACAGCGUCAACUAUCACCACUUUGGCGCACCGAAGGUUUGGUAUUCCAUUCCCGCCACGCACUCAAAACAGUUUGAAGAGGUGAUGCGCAAGCGUUUGCCGCAUUUAUUUCAAUCGCAACCAGACUUGCUCCACAGCUUGGUCACCAUCUUGUCCCCGAAAGUGCUGCAAGACGAAGGAAUUCCCGUGUAUCGCGUGGAACAACACCCGCGAAGUUACAUUAUCACUUUCCCGUACGCGUACCACGCUGGGUUCAACACAGGUUUCAAUUGCGCCGAGGCAGUCAACUUUGCACCAAUAGACUGGUUACCCUUUGGCGUCGGCGCCACGGAGCGUUACGUGAGCGAUAAGCGAUAUCAAUCCGUGGCACACGACCAGCUAUUAUCUACUCUCACGGAGAGCGCACAUAAGCACCCGCGGUUCCCUCCGGUUCUUGCCGAGGUAAUGCGAGUGCGAGUCAAGGAAGAAGACGAACGUCGCACCGCGGCAAAGAGAUCCGUCGCGCACGAAGUUCGCAUGAAAAACACCACAGAAGCGCCAGACUUUAACGAACGCGAUUGUACGACAUGUUUGGCCGAUUUGAACUGGUCCUGUGUCACGUGCGCGUGCACGUUCGCGAAGAGUCGCGGUUACGCCUACUGCCUGCGGUGCGUCAAAGCGUGCGAGUGCGAGGCAGAAAAACGCACGCUCUUCUUUAGGAACACGCUCGACGAACUACGCGAAAAGGUUCGCACGCUCGAAAAUCUAGCAAGCAUGUAA